AUGGCCCCAUAUGUUAAAAUUAACUUUGAUGGCUCAGUUACAAACCAGAUGGCAGCAGGGGGGUUCGUGAUUCGAAAUUGGAAAAGUGAGCCUAUUCUGGCGGGGGCAAGGAACAUGGUUUCGGUGUCUAUCAAUGUUCCUGAAGCUCUUGCCCUCCGAGAAGCGUUAAUCUGGGCAACGAGAAGAGGUUGGAAUUAUGUGGAAGUGGAUGGUGACUCAAAGCUAGUCAUUGAUGCGGUUCGAGGCUUUUGUGAUGUUCCUUGGAACUUAAGGUCAAUCAUUGAAGCCAUCAGGUGGUGUGUGGGCUUUUCUCAUGAUAUAAAAUGGAGGCACAUUUUCAAGAAAGCAAAUUUUGUUGUGGAUGCCAUCACGUCGGUGGGGUUCAAGAAAAAGGAACUUUGUAUUUGGGAUGCCUGUAUCCCAACGGAGGCUAACAUGGCUUUUAUAUUUGACUGUAAUGGCUCUAGGUGUAUAAGGGGUUUUUCUCUUUAA